UUACGCCCGUGUUAGGCCAUCGCCCCAAGGUUCUUAAAGCGCAGGCCAGGGAUAGGCUGAGUCUUGUUUGCCGUUGCUGUGACCCGACCGCUCCAGCUCCAUGGCCAGGCUACACCUGACGGUGGUGGUUUAAGGACCUGGUGCUGCCGCCGCGGCCGGCGGAGACUGACCUGGAAUCGAAAAUGAACUGGGGGUCCUUUUACGCCGUAAUCAGCGGCGUAAACAGGCAUUCCACCGGCAUCGGCCGCAUCUGGCUGUCUGUCAUCUUCAUCUUCAGAAUCCUGGUCCUCGUGGUGGCGGCCGAGUCGGUCUGGGGCGACGAGAAGUCUGGCUUCACCUGCAACACCCAGCAGCCCGGCUGCAACUCUGUCUGCUAUGACCAGUUCUUUCCCAUCUCACACAUCCGCCUGUGGGCCUUGCAGCUCAUCCUGGUGUCCACGCCUGCUCUCCUAGUGGCCAUGCAUGUAGCCCAUCGCAGACACAUCAACAAGAAGAUCCUGAAGAAGUCCGGGCGCGCUUCCCCUAAGGAGUUGGAACAAAUCAAGUAUCAGAAGUUUGCGAUCGCAGGCGCCCUUUGGUGGACCUACAUGAUCAGUGUGCUGUUUAGGAUCGUUCUGGAAGUCUGCUUCCUGUAUAUAUUCUACUUGAUCUACCCUGACUUCAAGAUGUUCCGUCUGGUCAAGUGUGACUCGUACCCCUGCCCCAACACUGUGGACUGCUUCGUGUCGCGACCCACGGAGAAAACCAUCUUCACCGUGUUCAUGCUCUCCGUGUCGGGGAUGUGUGUUCUCCUCAACCUGGCCGAGGUGGCCUACCUGAUUGGCAGAGCCUGUCUGAGGUGUAUCCAUGGUAACCAGGAAGAGACUAAGGUAGCAGGGAUUGGUCAGAAACUGUCCUCCUACAAACAGAAUGAAAUCAACCAGAUGAUCGCUGACCAGUCGAAGUUCAAGUUCAACGUGGGAGCUAGGAAGACCUCUAUGGAGAAGGGAGAGAGGUGUUCUGCUUUCUGAUAGGCUGCCCUGGAAGGGAGAGAGGUGCUCUGCUUUCUGAUAGGCUGCCCUGGAAGGGAGAGAGGUGCUCUUCUUUCUGAUAGGCUGCCCUGGAAGGGAGAGAGGUGCUCUGCUUUCUGAUAGGCUGCCCUGGAAGGGAGAGAGGUGCUCUGCUUUCUGAUAGGCUGCCCUGGAAGGGAGAGAGGUGCUCUGCUUUCUGAUAGGCUGCCCUGGAAGGGAUAGAGGUGUUCUGAUUUGCUGCCUAUGGAGAUGGGAAAGCAGGGCUCUGCUUUCUGAUACGCUGUCUAGUCCUUGUUCCCACAAAAUUUCACUGCUUCAAACUAAUGAACUGUAACCAGCAUGUAACCAUACUGGACAGAAAUCCUCAACAGCUCCAUCUAGUAAUAACAUCAAUCAUUCACUCAUUUAUUUCUUCAUCUAUUUAUUCUAGUGGCUGGUGCUAUAGGUUCUCAACAUUCCUAACGGUGGUAGGAUAUAGAGAAGAACAAACAAGCCCAGACAAACUCAACGCUGGAUUGGAGAGAGGACUUUGUUUCAUGGUGAUCGACACAGUCACUGUUUUGUCUCACAACCUUGGGGCAGGAACUAGUGGAUAAAGGAACAUUUGUUUCAGCACAUGACUUGACAAACCCAUUGUAUUGGAACUCACUGAGUCUCCUACAGCAGGGAGACUACUCCUACAGCAGGGAGACUACUCCUA